AUGGAACAACCAGCCAUGUCGUGGCCGGAGCAACUCCAUGAGAAUAAUCUCAUCACUGCGCCUGGUGAAGAAGAAUUCUCCAACUUGUUCGAGUUCAACAUACCUUUUCCCGAAAUCGAGCACGGACCAGGGGCAGGGAAUAUGCAACAUUCCCAUUCUCUACCAACCACCACCGGCCCGGACUCGGAUAUGGCUCACCUACGAUCGCAUGCCGUGCAAUACUCGGGCCAGAUGGAGGGACUCAUGGAUUUCAAUGAUAACACACAGUCGCACACACACCACGGCCACCCAAUGCCUUACUCGACUCCCCAUAUGACGCCAGGCUAUUGCGCACAGCAACCAUCGCCCAUGUCGCAACCGCCUACCCACCAACAUUACAUGCAGGGCCACAACAUGAUCCCCCCCACCCCGAACAGUAUCGAGAUGCAUGGCAAUACCGCCCGAUACCCCCAGCGCGUGGACGAAACCCCGGAUAUGUACGACGGAUAUUCGCGCAUCAAUGAGGAACAGGCUCUUUACACUCCUCUUAUCUCACCGGCUAUGACGCCCCUGGAGAACCAAUUUCGACUCCCCGAAUACACAAUCCCCGGCGAAUACUUCACACCUCUCACCUCUCCCGCGCUAGAGGCCCAAAACGCCGAAUCCAGCAGUUACCAGUACCAUGCAACACAGGUAUCGGAUAUGGGCUUCGUUCCCACUACUGCGGAGGUGAACCCCCUUCCCGGGUCCUCGGCUCCACCUUCUCCUAGUAUCAUUCGGAAGCCCAACACUCGCCAGCGGCCAUCAACGACCGCUAACCGGCUCAAUAACACACGGAAAGUCAAGCAAUCACCCAUUAUUCGGGCGCAGCGCAAACGCAGCACCUUGGCUACCAAUUCGGAGGAGUUCUACAAUAGCCUGACCCAAGAGAUGAACUCCACGAGGCCGCAAAAUCAGGACAUCCGCUCACUCCAGCUCAGCAGCAAUGAGGGCUCUGGCCAGGACUCGGUAUCCCCCGAGCCAUUAUCAGAACCGAUGAUGCCCCCCGGCUCUUCCUCCCCCUCGGAUGUCUCCUGCAAUUGCCCCCCAUGUUAA